AUGCCUGAACAGCGGCAACGAAGAGAGGAGGAGGGAAGCAAUUCCGGCUUCAAGGGUGCCCUCCAGGGCCUCGGAAUCUUCCUUCUGGCGCAAUUCGUAAUUGGCCAAUUCUUCGGCAACAAGCAGAAUGCAGCUUCUACCGUCAAGCCGGGCAACAUGCCCUCGUUUGCGGAUCGCCCCGACCCCAGUCAAGUCGCCGAUUACAGCGCCAUCCCGGACCUGAUCUCCCCUAUCUGGCCAUCCGAUAGCGCCAUCGAUAUCAGCAUCUAUGUGACUCCCUCGAUCGUCGUGCCUUCUUUCAAGUCCAAGGAUAGCGUCCUUGUGAUGCAGGAGAAGAACUUCACGAUCGGCAAUUACAGCGACACCCGUGAGAUCGACACCACCAUCAAGCUCCCCAAGCAGGUCCAGCAGAAUGGAACUCUCUUUGCGCACUUCUUCGUGGCCCGUACGGGAUACCCUCUUGACCCUGCCGCUAAGGAUUAUAACACCGCCGAUGCCGUCCACUUCCUGCGCCCCUUGAACCAGUACCUUCCCAAGAAGAAGGUCAAGAAGCUCAAGAACCUGUUGGCCGCCUCCGAGGAAGCGGAGGAGGAGGUGGAUGAUACUCCGGACGUGCAGACUGUCUCGUACUAUCACCCUAACUUCACUCUCUCCGUGGUUCCCGACUCUGGCUCUCAGAGGUUCUCCCAGAUGCACCCAGCAGUUCGCCAGUAUGUGCAGCUGGAGCGCACCGGUGCCCGGGACCAGACCGGCAAGAACGGUUGGUACUACCCGAUCUUGUUCCUCAACACUUUCUGGCAAUUGAAGACCCACAUGACCGAGCUGAACUCGACUGUGACGGAGGUGCCUCUGCGAAUUACCCUCAACCACUUGGCCAACUGGAAGUUCAGUAUCCUUACCAGCAUUGACGAGGGCUCUAAGCAGAGUGCUCGUCAGGCCGCGUACGGUGGUCCUGUGCCUGGUGGUGGCGAUGGUUCCGAGUGGGAGACCAUCAAGGAAGUUCUGUUGGACACCAACAUCUACCUCCUGGGUACCACCGGUAUUGUCACCAUCUUGCACAUGGUUUUCGAGACCCUGGCUUUCAAGAACGACAUUGCUCAUUGGCGUAAGAAGAAGGAUGUCGUUGGCACAUCCGUGCGUACCAUUCUGGCGAAUGUCUUCAUGCAGGCAGUCAUCUUCCUUUACCUCAUGGACAACAGCGACAACACUUCAUGGAUGAUUUUGGCAAGCCAAGGAUUCGGUAUUCUUCUGGAAGCCUGGAAGAUCACCAAGACCGUUAACGUUCGCCUGCGCCCCCCGCCCGCCAGCUCCUUCUUCUCCUUUUUGCCCUACGUGGUUGUCUUUGAAGACAAGCACAAGUUGAGCGAGACCGAGGAGAAGACCAAGGAGUAUGACGAGAUUGCAUUCCGCUACCUGUACAUUAUCGCAGUGCCCCUUCUCCUCGCCUAUGCCGCAUACAGCCUUUUGUACAACACUCACAAGUCGUGGUAUUCGUACAUCAUCGAGACUCUUGUCGGCAGUGUUUACGCCUACGGUUUCCUGAUGAUGGUUCCCAGCCUGUACAUCAACUACCGCCUGAAGUCCGUUGCCCACAUGCCCGGCAAGGCAAUGGCCUACAAGUUCCUGAACACUUUCAUCGACGACCUCUUCGCCUUCACCGUGAAGAUGCCUUGGCUGCACCGUCUGGCCACUCUCCGCGACGAUGUCAUCUUCUUCAUCUGGCUGUACCAGGGCUGGAAGUACAAGGUUGACUACAAGCGUGUCAACGAGUUCGGACAGGGAGGUGACAGCGACGAGGAGGAAGAGGCUACCCCUGCCCCCAAGCUUGAGGAGAAGAAGCAGGAGGAGACAGUGGCUUCGCAGACUUCUGCCAAGGUUGACAACAAGUCAUCUACCCGCCAGAGGAAGUCGAAGAAAUGA